CGGGAGAAGGGACAGGCUAGGCAGGCUCCCCGUACGGGCGUUAUCGAUGGCAGCGCGGGUGUGAGUCGCAAUUGCACGGCGAUAAUUGCUUCUUUCCGCGAUUAUUGCGCGGCCAGUGCGGAUUGUGGCUGUCGCGUCGCGCGUCAGCGAUACGCUCAAGGUCGCCGGCGCGGGACAACAACGAGGAGGGACGAGCGGAGCUGCGAUAGCGGCGGCGGCGGUGGCGGCGGCGGCGACGUCGACGACGGCGACGGCGGCGAUUCAUACGCACGCCGUGCGUGUCUAUUGCGUCGCGUAACGUCCACGCCGGGAAACAUCUGUUCCCGAAGACGAGCGUAUCAGCCCGCGCGUGGUGCCGCCUGCGAAUUAAAGUCGCCGAUUAAAUUGAUUCAAGUUUCGGCCGGAGUCAACCAUAAGAUUCGAGUGCUGACCCCUCGGACGGAGCAUCCGAUUGAUGUAACGUAACGAGAACUUUGUUUGCGUCAGAGAGAUUACAACUGUCUGACAAAAUGGCGCUGUGGCUGAAAGCGCAGCAACUGUCGCAGGAUUCGUUGCAAAAGGUGCGCAAUAUAUACGGUGAACAUUUCCCGAUCGAAGUGAGGCACUUCCUGUCGUCGUGGCUGGAGGAAAAGAUGUGGAAUAACGUAGACACGGAGAACCCGCAGUUCGAGCACUACGUAAACAACUUUGUCGGAUCGCUGAUACUCGAGCUGGAAUCGAAAGCAAACACCCUUACCACGGAAGAUAUGUUUGUAACGAAGAUGAAAUUGAUAGAGGCUGCUACCAUGUUCCGACAAAAAUACACGGAGAAUCCGAUGAUGUUGUAUAAAAUAAUUAGACACUGCUUGGGCACGGAGAUGAAAUUGGUGGCAGAAGCGGAACAUUUAGGAGGUUUAAUAACCAAUGACAGGGUCAAUUUGAUGAUAGGCGACACAGUUACGGAAAUAGCUCAUCAGGUCGAUAUAUUGCGGCGAAAGACGUACGAGACCGGGGAGGACUUGCGAAAGAUCGAACAGGAGCAGGAGUCUUUCGCUCUCAGUUAUCACGAGUGCACGAAACUGAAUGCCCAUUUGCAACAUAUCACUAUGCAGGUGCAGAACCAGCAGAACAUGGAACUGGGGAAAAAGAUUAGGAGACAAAAGGAGCAGCAGGACCUGCAACUGAGUCAAAAGGUUAACGGCGUGGUUCGCCUACGUUUGAUGCUCAUGGAGAAACUGGACGAUAUUAUAAAAAAGUUGAACAUUCUGCAAUCGAGGAUUCUCGACGACGAGCUUAUAAGAUGGAAGAGAGAUCAACAACUGGCUGGUAACGGUGCAAAUUUCGCGUCCAACAAUUUAGACUCGAUUCAGGAAUGGUGCGAGAGUCUCGCCGAGCUGAUCUGGCAGACACGGCAACAGAUCAAGGAAGCGGAACGCUUGAAGCAAAAGUUCCAGUGCGAGCCACCAGGCAUACGAGAUACUCUCCCGAGUUUGAAUACUCAAAUUACACAAUUUCUCAGCUCGCUUGUGACAAGUACCUUUAUCAUUGAGAAACAACCACCGCAGGUCAUGAAGACCAACACUCGUUUUACGAGUACAGUGCGCCUACUUGUCGGAGGCAAAUUGAACGUUCACAUGACGCCGCCGCAAGUAAAGGUGAGCAUAAUUAGCGAAACACAGGCAAACGCUUUGCUGAAAAGCGAGAAGAUGGCAAAAUGCGGCGAGGUCAGCGGCGAGAUUUUGAAUAACACUGGCACAAUGGAGUACCAUCAGGCGACGAGGCAACUCUCGGUGAGUUUCCGCAACAUGCAACUGAAGAAGAUCAAGCGCACGGAGAAGAAGGGCACGGAAUCCGUGAUGGAUGAGAAAUUUUCAUUGCUGUUUCAAUCGCAGUUUUGUGUUGGCGGGGGCGAAUUAGUAUUUCAAGUUUGGACCCUGAGCUUGCCCGUGGUCGUGAUAGUACACGGCAACCAGGAGCCGCAUGCAUGGGCUACGGUCACUUGGGACAACGCGUUCGCCGAACCAGGUAGACAGCCGUUUCAAGUGCCGGAGAAAGUGCCGUGGGCACAAGUGGCGGAGGCGUUGAACAUGAAGUUCCGCUCGGCGACCGGUCACCCUUUGACCGAGGACAAUCUCCGAUUUCUCGCGGAGAAGGCAUUCCGAAGCAAUGGCAAUUCGGUUGGUCAGGAUUAUUCGAACAUGCUGCUGAGCUGGGCGCAGUUUUGCAAAGAGCCGCUACCCGAAAGAAACUUCACCUUCUGGGAAUGGUUUUAUGCCGUUAUGAAAUUGACCAGGGAACAUCUGAGGGGUCCGUGGAUCGACCGAUACAUCCUCGGAUUCAUCCGGAAGAAACAAGCGGAAGAGAUGCUGGCAAACUGCGCGGUUGGCACCUUUUUGAUGCGUUAUUCCGACUCGGAGCUCGGUGGUAUUACUAUUGCCUGGGUCGGAGAUCAAGCAGCAGCCGAACAUGUCUUCAUGCUGCAGCCGUUUACUAGCAAAGACUUUGCUAUUCGAAGCUUGGCCGAUCGUCUUGCCGAUAUGCAACAUUUGCAGUAUCUCUAUCCAGAUAUCACUAAGGAUACUGCCUUCGGCAAAUAUUAUACUCCAUUCACAGACAACCAAACUCAAACGUCAAACGGAUACGUCAAGCCAUAUUUAGUGACCCAUGUGCCAGGUUGGGGCACUCUGCCCGGCAUUGGUGGUCAAACGCCGUCCCACUCGUCCGUAACAGGUAUGAGCAACAACGGUCAGAGCGGCCCGGGUGGAAGUUAUCCUGCCACACCGCAGACUGUGUUUCAACCGCAUAGUCCACCAGAUCCAUCCACGCGGGAUACUCCAUCCGUAGCAUCAAGCUACGCUCCGGGUCUCGGCCAGUCAGGCGUUGGGCAGCCAGGUUCGGACAUGGACUACAUGGAGAUGAUCAGUAACAACGAGUUAUCGUCGAUCGACGAAAAUCUCAACUUGGAUCACUUGAACAACUUCGGCUUCGACUUCAUGCAGUACAACCAAUCUACCAAGCUGCAAUAGGAGGUAUGCCUACGAGAUUAGCCGUCGUCCUCGAGACACGACGGCACAUCCGUAAUGAUCGCCGUUACGGGCCUAAUCCCCCGAUCUUUCUUCGAUCUCUAUUUAUCAGUCACGCCGAGGCGCACCGGAGGCAAUCGAAUGCAAUUGUAUUGCGAAUUGUUAACAGGGGAGGGAUUAUUGAUCUAUCCUAGAACGAUACAAUUUUACAUAUUUUUUUUUCUUUUUCUCUCUUCUCUUAUUUUAUAACAACCAUUUACAGCCAGUGUUUUGUAGCUACGAAAAUUGGCUUUCUUAUAUCUUUAGAGGAUUAUAGGAAGAUUGUUAUCAACACUUUUACCUAAUAUGAUACAUAUGUAAUAUAUCUCUGUUGAUCUUGUUCUUUCAUACUCAAGUUGCACUGACUGAGCAAUACAUUCGAGAGCUCUUGUGUAAAUCAUAUGAAAUUGUGUCACGCGAUUCACUAUUAAAUAGAUCGAAGGUAUUCGUGUCUAUUUAAUGGCUCGAACUGUCGUUACGACAAAAUUGUGAUUUUUUUUUAAAUUAAUAUAAUACCUUUUAAUAGAAAAAAGCAAUUCUUAGCUUCAGUGUUUUCGUAUGUUCUAAAUUUAUUAAUUCUUCUAGUGAGACAACCAAAAAUUGUUUUUUCGUAUUCGUUUCCAUUAAUGAUUUCAUUAAUGUUAUCGAAUUAUCUCCUUAAGCUCUUCGUAUGUACCAUUUUUUUUUUUUGGUAACAUUCAUCAAUGUAAUUUAAGUUCUUACACGAUGUAAAAGAGAGUUAGUACAAAGAUUUAUAUAUUAUUGUCUAUAACAUAUGAAGUGCUAAGAGAGUAAUUAUAGAAUUGUAUGUCGCUUGUGAAUAGCAGAUUCUAAGCUACUAAGCAAAUACUUAUAAUAUUUACAUAUAGAAAUUGAUAUAAUAAUUAUUUUUGUUAAAUAUUUAGAUCGUUUUAUA